UCGUAUUUGUCUGGGCACUGCGGCACGACUCAGUCUCACUGGGAGAUCGCCGUUCCUCUCCGAUCCUCUAGGGUUUGACAUCGGGGAAUUGAGCAAGAUUCGUUGUUCGUCGUUGCCUCCUUCGUGUGUUUCUCACAAGCUUUGUACAGCAACAAGCAUCCAAUGGCGCCGCCUCCCGGACCUUAUUCUGGAACCAGUACCCUCGCUUUGGUCGCUCGAGCUUCUGCUUUCUCCUUUGGCCUCGUUUAUGGAAGCAUCAAGCUGAAGAUCCUCAAGGCGAAAGCUAAGUCUCAAAGGAAAGCUGAAUCGAAGUCUCAUCAUUGAAAACAAAUGAGAUCCCUGUGACUGUCCAUGAUGGAAUAGAAUAUAGAAAUAAUUCGUGACAAGGAGUUGUCCAUUCUUCUUCUUCUUCCCCAGGGUUUAGGGAUCAAGCUUUGAAUUAUGGUACAGCAUUUGAGUCGAGUGAAGUAGUGAACCAUAGAAAGAAAAUUCUGUGAACAUGCUUGAACAUGGUAUAAUAAUCAGCCUUUGUUUAUUUUGAGGCACAAGCUUAUGUUGCCAAGUGCUUCCUGUCGUCCACUUGUCCUGCCUCCCAUUUUUUGGUCAUAAGAUCAUUUGAUAGGAUCCUUGAUUAAUCUUAAUGGGGAGGAAAUUGAUCAGUUGAGUUGGAUGAUUUAUAUUCUAAUUUUUUUAUUAAUAAACGACAAUAAAUAAAAAUAGAUUCUUCGUGCUUUAGGUUAUCCUUUUAUUAAA